AAGCCGCUCACCCCUUCACUCCACUUCAACCCUCUCCAAAGAUUUCACUUCCAUUUUAGCAAAAAAUUUCAGCGAGGGUUUAACGGUGAGAAAUGUCGGACGACGAGGCGAGGGAGGAGAAGGAGUUGGAUCUUUCAUCUCCUGACGUGGUUACGAAGUACAAGAGCGCAGCUGAGAUUGUUAAUAAGGCUCUUCAGUUGGUUAUUUCGGAGUGUAAACCGAAAGCUAAGAUUGUUGAUAUAUGCGAGAAAGGAGACAACUUCAUCAGAGAGCAAGCUGGGAGCAUGUACAAGAAUGUGAAGAAAAAGAUUGAGAGGGGUGUUGCCUUCCCAACUUGUAUUUCUGUUAACAACGUAGUAUGCCAUUACUCACCAUUGGCUGGCGAUGAGAAUGUCUUGGAGGAGAAUGAUGUUGUCAAAAUCGAUAUGGGUUGUCAUAUUGAUGGGUUUAUUGCGGUUGUUGCACACACUCAUGUACUUCAAGAAGGGCCUGUGACUGGGAGAGCAGCGGAUGUAAUUGCAGCAGCCAACACUGCUGCAGAGGUUGCCCUGAGGCUUGUGAGACCAGGGAAGAAGAAUAAGGAUGUCACUGAAGCUAUACAGAAGGUGGCUGCUGCAUAUGAUUGCAAAAUUGUUGAAGGGGUUCUCAGUCAUCAGCUCAAGCAGUUUGUAAUUGAUGGGAACAAAGUUGUGCUUAGUGUAUCCAAUCCAGACACUAGAGUGGAUGAUGCAGAAUUUGAGGAAAAUGAAGUUUAUGCAGUAGACAUUGUCACCAGCACCAGUGAAGGAAAGCCCAAGUUAUUGGAUGAGAAGCAAACCACUAUAUAUAAAAGAGCUGUAGACAAAAAUUACCACCUAAAAUUGAAGGCAUCAAGGUUUAUUUUUAGUGAGAUAAACCAGAAGUUUCCAAUCAUGCCAUUUACUGCAAGGGCUUUGGAAGAGAAGCGUGCUCGGCUUGGGCUUGUAGAAUGUGUAAAUCAUGAUCUAUUGCAGCCAUACCCUGUUUUACACGAGAAGCCUGGUGACCUUGUUGCUCACAUCAAGUUCACAGUGUUGUUGAUGCCAAAUGGAUCCGACAGGAUUACUUCUCAUCCUUUGCAGCCGCUGCAAACUACAAAGACAAUAGAUGACGAUCCGGAAAUUAAAGCAUGGUUAGCACUGGGCAUAAAGACGAAGAAGAAAGGCGGAGGAAAGAAGAAGAAAGGUAAGAAAGCUGAGGCCACAGAAGCGGAGCCAAUGGAUGCAACGAAGGAAUGAUGUACUACUGAGUGUUGUCAAAGUUCACAGUUCUCUGAGGAUUCUCUGGCGCAUGAAUUUCAUACUGAGCCAAAGAUGCGAGCGAAGUUAUGAUAAUAUUCGACAAAAUAGUCGCCAAAGCUUCUGGCAGUAGAAGGUUUGCGCCUUAAAAAGUUCAAAUGUUUAAAGAGUCACGAUGCGAAAGCUGAAUUUGUAUCUAAAUCGUUUAGAUGGAAAUAUUUUUCUUAGAUUUCUACAAUGAAGGAGAAAAGAGAGCCCUUUUUAGUUUUUA